AUGUCUCUGGCCCGCCUCGGCCAGUCGCUGGUCCGCCGCCUCCACCGGCCUCUCCACCUGCCUCCACCGCCGCCGCCGGAUCACUAUGCCACCGUUUCCCGGCCUUUCGCUCCGAUCCACGCGAACACAUGUGUAAGAGGCUUUGCAAGCUUAACGUACAAUUACAAUGGCGGGGGCGUGAUUUCUCGCAAGUUUGGAGGGCCGUCGCAUGUCCACGCCGCGCAGGUUCUAGAGCUUGUAGUCCUCCUAAAUCAUGCAAGACCAAUGUCGUCAGGAGCAGGAGCAGCCCCAAAACCACCAUCACUGUCCGAAGGCGUUUCUUUUGGUGGUUACAAGGUUGCUUUGAAAGCUGACAUGCCGAGCCCUGGUUUUGUUUUUGAGCCAUACCGUGUCCCGGAACCUAUCCCACUUUGGAAAAGAUUGUUUACACCAAGUGGCUGGAGUAGAACAAAGGAGGACGCUAUUCUGCAGUUCAUGAAUGCAUUUACUGUGUCAAGGUUGAGGAAGAAAAUCGGAUAUAACAAAAAACAGUUCCAGGAGCAAGCGUUUAAUAUAUACAAGGAGGUUAACAAGCUUAUUGCACGAGGAGACAUACCAUCUCUCCAGAAAGCUCUGACAGAUGAUAUGCAUUUUACUGUCAAAAAUGAAAUAAGGAAAAGACAAUCCAAGUGGAAAUCUGUACACUGGGAAUUGGUGGAGCCUUCUGUAAGCAUAAGAACUUUGAGGGCUCGUAUGAUUAGUCUUGAUAAGAAUGACCUUAAUAAAGCUUACGUACAGCUUACGCUUGAGUUCAUCACUAAGCAGAAAUUUGAAGCCUAUAAUUCAAAAAGAGAGGUUGUGUCAGGAGACAAGUCAAAGGAGGUGCUGGUGAAAGACAUAUGGGUGUUUGAAAGAUCCCUUUUCCACCCCGGAGCAUACUGGCGUGUGUGCGCGCGAAUCACGCUGUAA